GAUGGAAAUGAAGUUGGCAUCAACUAUUUUGUGCUCGGGUUUGCUGUUCUGUUCCGUGAGUGCAGCGGCAAUGGAUGAAAGUGAUAGUAAUAUGAUUGGAAGAGGCCUUGAUACUAGAAGUGUUUUAAGCACUCUAGCUUCAAAUUUCAUGACUCGAGGUUUCUCGUCAUCUGGCUCAGGUUCCUCCCAAGUGAUUUCUCUCAACCUGACUAAUCUCCUAGUCCUGGUCCUGCUAAAGGCUCUUAUAUUUGCCGCUGGCUCACUAGGAGCUGGUACCUGGAAAGGAGGCUAUGCCAGAAGCAUCGACGGAGAAGAGAAGCUUUUGACAGAUGAGGAGAUGUUAAUGUUUCUUAGUUAUUUGUCAGGUUCUCCUGGUUGCUUGCAGAACAUAUCCUGUCAGCAACCUCAUCAGGCGAAGAAAUAUAUCGCUGCCGGUGAAACGCUGCUGAAGAUGGCGAAAAUGUUCUCGAUGCAUACGGACGUUACAUAUGAGUACGUAAUCCAAGAAAUGGAGCAAGCUGCCAAUGUGGGACUGGCAAGAGGGUCUUGCGACAGAUUUGAGUGUAAUAAUAAUGGAUCGUAGUACUUAGUACUAUAGUUUACAGUUAAAUUAUUAAUAUUUAAAAGACCAAAUAUAUUGUUGCUUUUGUAAUCACUUAAGAUAAGAGCCAGUAGUAUACCUGUGUUCAUAACAAUUGUUGAUAUUAUAUUUUUUUUUAGUUAUCAAGUUUAUUAUAUGUAGGCAAAAGUAUUUAUUAAAAUAACAUAUACUUAAACGAUAUUUUAUGAAUUUAUUGUCGUAAAGUGUACAAAAAAUACUGGAAAUUACAAACAAGCAUUUAGGUUAAAUAAAAACAUUAAAUUUCUAUUUGAACAACAUUAUAAAUAGGGUCGUUGCCUUGUUCAGAAGUAGAAAGAAGUUAAAUUAACUUACAUUAUUACAUUUUAAAUAUCGUAUUAAAAUGAUAAUUGUAAUGGAAUUUGUUUUAGUUAAAAUAACAAACAUGGCAAGAACAGUAGGUACUAAUUUCAUCAAUUCAGAAAGUGAAAAGGAAGACGUUUUCCUACUAGAACUUAGAUGACAUUAUUUAAACGAUAAAAAUUUUAUGGAAAUAGUUAGACAAAAGAUAUGCACUUAAGUAUUUUAAAAAUCAUUUUAGACUAAGAGAGGAAAUGGUUGAGUUAUGUAAUGAAAAUGAAAUUAUUAUCUGAAAUUACAUAUUUUUUAUUUGUGGCAUAGUUAGUUAUUUGCAUCAGUA